CGAUUUUCUUUCGGCGGUCUGGCCUCCGCAUGCCUGCCCGGCCGCACUCCCAGGGCCGUUGUCUUUGUCGCGGGGAGGCCUGAGACCACUGUCCCCUCCGUGCGUGGGGCCCUUGCUCCCCCUUGCGUUGGUUCAGAGAACAAGGUCAUCUGGGCUUUUCUUGUCUGACCUUUAACCUGAGCCGUGGGGGUUGGGUCUGUCAGUCGCGGGCACACGCGAUCGAUGAGGACGUGCGCGACGACCGUUGGUAGGGGCGGUGGUGCGGGAGCGCCGGCUGCUCGGUGAGGACCCGGCUGUGGGUCUCCGCUCGGGGGCUGGCCGCUGGGUGGGGCCGGGCCGGAGUCUGCGACCGAAGGGGCUGCGGGCUGGGAUGAGGGGCCCGGAGCCGGGGGAGGGGGAGCGGUUCCGGCUCCACUGCCGGUUCCUCCCUCCCGGAGAACCGCGGGCCGCACCUGACCCCACGGAGGAAAAAGCGCCGGGAGUGGGGGUUUCCCUGCUCUCCGACCCAUGGUGUGGGUCAAACUUAAGGAAAUGGUGGCAAAUACUCCAUUUGGGGGUGGUUUACAACCUCAUCUGUAACAUUAUUUUCACGUUGCUGUGUGCAUUUCCAGUGUAUUGUAUAAUAAAGACAUGGUCGCUUUUAGGGGAGAUGUCUGAAAAACUGAGAAGAUGCAGAAAGGAGCUGACUGCAGCCAUUGACCGGGCCUUUGAAGGACUCAGUCAUUCCCAGGAGUGCUCAGGCAUGCAGAGGCAGGAGCUGGACGCUGCGCCGCUUUCUUUCCCCUUCCCCAUGCACAGGCUCCUCUGCAGGAGGCACCCGCUGGCAGCCUGCUCCUCUGCGGCUCCUUUCUCUCCUGUCCCGUUUGCUCCUGGGAAUGAGAGCCCUGCCUUUGCACCAAACCACGAACCCGUGAGUGCAAAGACACGUGCUCUAUGCCCCAAAAGAAAACCUCUGACCAGCAAGGAAAACAUAUCGAUGCCUUCCUCGAUUUUGGCACCUGAGAGACAGUUUUGGAGAGCGGCAGGAGAUGGGGAGAACUGGAGAAAAGACAGUCUAAGGAAAGAUAUGGAGAAAGAUUUGAAGGUUGAGUCAAACAUGCCACUCAGCAGUUCUAGCCAAGAGGUCACAAAGGAUUUGCUUGACAUGAUCGACCAUACAGGCAUCCAAACUAUUGAAGAAUUGGCUGGAAAACUAGAAUUUGAAAAUGAGUUGAAUCGUGUGUGUGGUUGCUGUGAAGAUUUGCCCUUCAAGGCGGACGCCUGGGCCCUGCUGGUGGACGAGAGCCCUCAGGAAGCCUCGGAUGCAGACCCUGGCAGCCUCAAGCAGGCUUUCUAUGAUCACAGUAUCGUGGAGACUGUUCUGGACUUGGAAGAGGACUACAAUUUGCUGACCUCUUUUAAAUACCGAAUUGAGUAAGGACAGUUGACUUCAGCUUUGAUUCUUUACAGCAGGAGUCUGAUGUUAGGGCAUCUGUGCAGGGCAGUCACAGUUGUCAUCAGGGGCCACAUUCUUCAGAGGCUUGGCAGAAUCUGAAUUACCCCAAUCUUUUUAACUUCCAGUUGUGUCCCUUCUUGAGCUGAGAGCCCAGUUUGUUUGUUUGUUUAAUUCUGUUGCUCUGAAGUGUUUCUUUUUUUUUUCACCUUUUUUUUUUUAACAUCUUGACUGUUUUAUUGAUUGAUGUUCAAUAUACCCAGAACCCAAGGCAGGUGCAGGUCUUGGGCCUCUGC